GAUGCUUAAAAGGAAUAAGGUUGUCGAACUUUGGGUCCGUGGGCAAAUCGUUGAUGUCAAUGGCGGGAAAUGAGCGAUUAAACGGAGCAAUCAUUGGCCCAACCCUAAGGCGUCGCCUCCCUUCGAUUCCUGCCUCCCUGACCAUGUCGCACAAUUGCGUCAGGAUUCUUACCAAUUAAACCUCUCCAAAGUCUGGGAUUCAGUAGACCCAGCCUAUAAAAGACCCGCAGGAGCUGGAUUUUACAUGAAGUCUUUCCUUAGGGCUACGGAAACAGGACAGACCGCAAUCGUCGAAGCCGUCAGAAUGAGGCAUUUCUCAGGUCUUCCGCAGCCACUCAGCAGUCGAACUCCUCACCUCACGAUGAUCCUGCCGUAUUUAAUUCAACAAUGCCACUUCGCUCGCCCACUGCCAGGACCGUGAAUCUUCUCCCUCCUUGUUUACGCUGCUGCCGCAGACCAUUAGGGUCUAUCUCGACGAACCCUCCCUCCAUCGAUGCCCCCGUACUAUGAGGCCCAGGCCGAUUCUUCUCCCCUACGUCUUCGCCAUCACUACUUCUACAUCAUCGUCUGGGUCUUCAUAGCUUCAAUUGCUCUCUACAUUCCGGGCGGGUUAAGCUUCAUCGAUGCCUUAUUUCUCGCCUCUGGCGCCGCCACCCAGACCGGGCUAAACCCCAUCGACCUGAAAGACCUGCGUCUUUCGCAGCAGAUAACGCUAUGGCUCGUCCCGAUGGUCACAAAUGUCGUGUUCCUUCAUUCAUUGCUUGUUCUGAUCAGAAUCUAUUGGUUCCGAAAGCGCUUCAAGAGCGCUAUCCGGGACGCCAAGGCGGUAUGCCACAGCCAACGACAACGAAUGAAUCAAAGUCUCGAGCAUGAGGCACGGAGGCCAAUAGGGCUGAACAGGACUACCACCGAUACUAGUAAUGCCACUACCACUGUAUUUGAGUCGGACGGGGAAGAUGAAGAGCAACCCUUACUUCCAAGCUCAGACGACGGCAUAUCCCCGAGGACAUCGCCCCAUACACGCGAUGAGCAAUCUUCUGGGGGCUACCAAACAUUCAAGCCAGCUGCCAUCGGCCCCACAAGCCCACGGAUUACGUUUUUCGAGUCCGACAGAGAUUAUGAAGCAAGACAGAAGCGACGAUCCUCUUUCUCCCGUCGUCGCUCGUUCACAGAGGCUAUAAACGAAGCUUUUCCCCCACUAGACGGCCCCACUAUGCCUGCCCUGCCCUCUCUAAUGUGGCAGCAUUCGAUUGCGAGCUACUCUGACUGGGACGAAGACCAGAAGGACGAGCUGGGAGGAAUCGAAUACAGGGCGCUGAAAACCCUCAUGGUUAUCCUGGUCUGCUACUUCGUGGCCUUUCAUCUUCUCGGCGUCGUACUGUUCAUUCCAUGGAUCAUGGCCGAUUCAAAAUACGGCCAGAUGGUCAAAGAUAUGGGCUUGAAUCGACCAUGGUGGGCAGUAUUCACUGCCGGUUCUGCCUUCCACGACCUAGGAUAUACUCUAAGCCCAGACUCAAUGGCCUCAUUCCGAGACGCCGCAUUCCCCCUCCUGGUCAUGACCUUCCUAGUGGUGAUCGGAAACACCGGCUUCCCAUGCAUGCUCCGCUUCAUUAUCUGGCUCCUCUCCAAAUCCACAAGAUACGGCUCCCCCCUAGACGACGAACUACACUACCUCCUCGAACACCCCCGACGCUGCUUUACCAUGCUCUUCCCGGGCCCUGAAACCUGGCGCCUAGCAGGCGUCCUCCUCCUCAUGAACGCCCUAGACCUCAUGGUCUUCUACACCCUCCAAGAAGUAAGUCCCCAAUCCACCCCAUCCCACAAACCAAACUGACCCAACCCCCCUCCACAUCAGAACCCCCAAACAAACCCCUUCUCCCCAGGCCUCCGCCUCGUAGACGGCCUCUUCCAAAUCGCCUCCACCCGCACCGCCGGCUUCUCCAUAACCACCCUGGGAGCCCUACACCCAGCCGUCCAAGUCUCCUUCGUAGUAAUGAUGUACAUAUCGGCCUUCCCCAUCGCAAUCGCAAUCCGCAAAACAAACGUCUACGAAGAAAAAUCCCUAGGGAUCUACGACGACGAAGACAAACCAAACCCGCACAGCCUGGCCUCCCACAUCCAACGCCAACUAGGCUUCGACCUGUGGUACGUGAUGCUCGGGUUCUUUUUGAUAAGCGUAACAGAGGGGAAACGCAUCCAGCAAACGCAUGGCCAGGAUGUCGCGUUUUCGCUCUUUCCGCUGCUUUUCGAGAUUGUGUCUGCCUAUGGGACGGUGGGACUGUCGUUGGGGUAUCCGGCUACUCAGACGAGUUUGAGUGCGGAGUUUAAUCCCGUUAGUAAGUUGAUUGUUAUUGCUAUGCAGGUUAGGGGGCGGCAUAGGGGGUUGCCGCAUGCGUUGGAUCAUGCUAUUCUCUUGCCGUGUGAUGUGCAUCAGCAGGGGGAGUGGUG